UCCAGGGAACAUCGUUGCUCAUGUUUGUCAGACUUGAUUAGAUGUUAUUUUACGAAUCCUAAAACAAAAUAGUCUUUGUUAGCGGAAUCCACAGACGAACUCAAGGAGAGGAUACGAGCGCGAGUUUGCUGCCCAAGUUCGGAGACCAGACACCGGCUGGAGAGCGCACGGUGCGCGCUUUAAUUCCAACACCGAGGAUUUAAGAGGAUUCAAAUAUGAAUGACACGGACGUGUUUUGCAAAAACAACCAGACUGAGAACUCAACUCACCCAUCAUGUCUGAGUUCAACUUCCUCAUUUUACAACCACAUCGACAUCACCACCUUCAUGCACAUAUUCCCUUCAAUCUAUGGCAUCCUGUGUUUCGUGGGAGUUAUAGCCAAUGGACUGGUCAUCUACGCGGUGAAAGUAUGCAAGAAGAAAAUGGUUUCAGACAUCUACGUGCUGAACUUGGCAAUAGCCGACAUGCUGUUCUUGCUUGUGAUGCCCUUUAACAUCCACCAGCUGGUCAGAGACAGACAGUGGGUCUUCGGAAACUUUAUGUGCAAAGCGGUGGUGGUGGUGGAUGUCAGCAACCAGUUUACCACAGUGGGAAUAGUUACUGUGUUAUGCAUUGAUCGGUACAUUGCUAUCGUCCACCCCACCUCAGAGAGGAGGACCAUCCAAUGGACCAUCAUCAUCAACCUACUGGUGUGGCUGGGCAGCUUCCUUCUUACCGUCCCUGUCAUGAUGUACGCCAAGGUUGUGCGCAGGCAGCAUUUGGAGGUGUGCAUGAUGGAUCUGGACGGGCCCGAGGACAUGUACUGGUACACUCUCUACCAGUCCAUCCUAGGCUUCAUCAUCCCUCUCAUCAUCAUCAGCACCUUCUACUCUCUCACUCUCUACCACGUCUUCAGCUCCAUCCGCCGUGUCAAACGUAAGCAGUCCAUUUGGGCUCGAAGAGCCACCAAGAUGGUCCUAAUGGUUAUCGCCCUGUUCCUGAUCUGCUGGUCACCCUACCACGUCAUUCAGGUGAUCAACCUGACCAACAACAGCCCGACGAUUGCCUUCAUUUACAUCUAUAACAUCAGCAUCUGCCUCAGCUACUCCCACAGCUGCAUCAACCCGCUCAUGUUGCUCAUCUUUGCUCAGAAUUACCGCGAGCGCCUUUGUGCCAGGAACACGCUGCACAGCUCCCAGCAUUCUUCGAAGGUCACGGUGGUUAAAACGGAUGGUUCCAGUACAGCCAACGAUCCCAACUACCGCUGUACUGUCAUCUAAUCAGAGACACAUCUUUUUGUAUAUACACAUGUAAAUGUUUUUGCUGCUCACCCCAAAAGGAAGCAUGAAUGGUGCAGCCUGCGAGGUAUUUUUCU